AGGUGAAGACAUUUACAAAGAAAAGUCGACGGGUCAAUGUUACAGGUUUAAAAAAUUUAUAGGAGGAACCUGAAGCCCUUCUGGUAGAGGACUUAGAGCAGAAAAGUGGUGAACGUUGGUCAGAGGCGUGGGCUAGAGUGGGGCAGAGGGCACACACAUGUGCUCAGCUGGUGAGCCGCCCCGAGGUAAGGGGCCAUGCGCGAGCUAGCCUGCCCCCAGCUCAGACCACUGCUGAAGAACCACCGCCCCCACAUUCAUGUGCACCUUUUGUUUGACGCUGACGAGCUGGAGAAAGGGAUUCCUCUCGCAGCGCAGACAGGUUACUGCGCCGAGCUGGAGGAGUUGCAGGAGUUGCUCCACUUCCCUGAAGAAGUUGCCCUACGCCUGGCCGACACAGAGUACCAACUUUUCUAUCAAGUCCCACCCAUCGAUUAUCUACGUCAGGUGACGUUGGACCUUGGGGGAGCUACUGGUACGUCUGCAGAAAGUCUACCUGGUAACACCUCCACGAGAUCUUCCGUUGCCACUCUUAUAAAACGCUUCAACGAGGUAAGCGCAUGGGUGACCCAGCUGAUAAUAACCCAGCCCACGCAUGAUGCCCGAAGAGCUGUACUGUCGUGCGUCCUGCGGGUUGCCCUCUCCUCCUGGAACAUCGGUAAUUUCAAUGGCGCCAUGGAAAUCAUUGCCGGCCUCAAAUCGAACAAACUCAAACCCUUCUGGCUGUCCAUCACGGAGAAGGAGACGCUGCCCGUGCUGGACUUCCUUUCGGCGGCGUUGCUCUCCGCCGAAUACGACCGUGCCUUGAGCAGGGCCCUGGCGAUGGCCGAGUGCCCAGUGGUGCCCUUCUUCGGGGCUUUCCUGCGCGAGCUGCGGGAGAUCCUGGCGGCGGGACCGCCGCCUGGCCACGAGGCGGCCGGCGCGAUGGCGGCAGACCACGCCGCGCCCUCGGGGAAGCCGCCCAAGGCCAGCCACCGGGACCAACAGAUGCAGCACAGACAAGUGUUCAUAUCAGACUACAACGGGGAAGAUCACCACUUCACCAAGAUCGGACCCGGAGGGCUCAUUAACCUGGAGAAGAUCUACCGCACACAGGCCGUCAUGGACCAUAUCUCCUUGUGCCAUCAGCAUUAUCACUCCCGCAAUCGUCUUUCACCCACCGUUAGGCUCAUCGAUUAUCUUAAGGCAUCAGUCACAAGCGAGCAACGCGUUUUAGCGCCGGCUCCCCCCGAAAAAACCGAACUAGACGCCGAAUAUGACUGUGAUGUAGAUGACUACCACCCCGUACAGCCCCUAGUGCACGACCAUGGGGUCAGUUUCGUCUGCCUGUCGUCGCCCCUGACCAAAAUCGACCAACACGUCAUUCAGAUCCUCCACCACGGCAGCACCUGCGUCCUGUGGGAGGGCGUCGAGGGGCCCUCCGCCCCGGGCAUCCGCGGCGUCCUCUUGUACCUGCGACUGGACCGCUCGACGACGACGCUCACGUGGGUGCGCCCCAGCUGGAGUGGCCUCAAGGCGGGCACUACAAACGACUCCGACCCCUUCUCCACGGACUUCAAUCUGUCCUUCAACCCGGAGGAGACGCUGGCGCCCGGUCUCUUGACCAAGUUGGCGCUGCAAUCCACCGGGGAGCUGAGCACGGGGACCACUCUGGACGACGGAUUUUUGGACCUGAUGGCGGUGAAAGAGGUGCACCUGGGGGGUAGGGACCCCGAGAAGGAGUCCGAGCUGGCAACGGUGGCCAGGAGAUACGGCCUCAACCAUGAACCGGGGAACGAAUGCGCGCUGACCAUACUCUAUGGCUACGGCUUAAGUGAUAAUAGGCUCCUGUACAUAGUUUGUCCGCCUGUAAUAUGCCGAGUAUGGUUCAGUGGAUUAUGCUGGCUUAUCCGCGGUUUGUCAAGACAAAACGCUCUCUGUGAUAGACGCCUACUAUGGCUAAGGGAACAAUACAUGCAGUUGUACCAUGAGGAUGGGUACUGCUGUGGUCCACUUGCCGCUGAUGCUAUUCGAUCGUUUGGUGGGAGAGACUGGUCUUUAGCGGGGAUGACUACAUCUGGGACGCAGUCUGGUGAAACUUCUGGUGCUCUUAGGAGAGAAGUUUCAAUGAAAAUCAAGAAGAAACAGUUACUCAGUAACCAGACUUUCAAGGAUAGAAGCUUGCGUUCUCAGUUCGUGGAACCAACAACCAUGUGCAUGGAGAGUAGUUACUGGCGAAACCCGAACUACCAUCGUCAGUCGACCCCCACAACUUUUUCGGACCACCAACACGACGUUGCUAGGCACCACAGUCUAGGACAGUUGGCUUACAAUUCGUCUCAACCAAAGUUCGACAGGGAUAGGCAUGGUUCGACAGAACACCUAUGGCAUGGCAGACACCCCCGGGUCGGCUCAAUAUUGUAUGAUACUCAACUAGAUUUUGUAGAUUUCGUCACACUUUUUCGUUCUUUUAGUUUAUUAAUUCGGAAAGACCUGAGGGAUUUGUUCGAACAAUUAGCAAUAUCUUACAGAAGCAUGGCUGUGAAUUCGACUAAGUUAAAUGGGGUCAAGUCUAAGGUUGACCAAAUGAAAAGACCGCAAAAGUUUGGUUUACUCACGAGAAACAGUAGGGCAGAAAUGGAGGGCUCUGUGGUGAAUUCCCAGAAGAAAAUUUUCGACGCCAUAGCCGCAGCGAGUAUAUUUACCAACUGCGCUGGUAUCGAUACCAACAACUCCCAGGUCAUCACUAUAUCCACGUUUACGAAGUUCCUAGAAACUAGGCAAAUGGAAGUCUGGACCGAGGACCAAGUUAAAGCCUUGAUUUAUAGACACGAACCAGACGCAUCGCUCCGUGCCCAGAACUGCCUGUCCUUCGAGGGUUUCGCCAGGUAUCUGAUGGACAAGGACAACUUCGCCUUUGUACCCGAGAGACAAGCUCCUAACGAGAGCGAGAUGGCUCGCCCGAUGUCCACAUAUUACAUCGCGUCCUCUCACAACACCUAUCUGACCGGCCACCAGCUUAAGGGAGAAUCGUCUGUGGAAUUAUAUAGUCAGGUUUUACUGACAGGCUGCAGAUGCGUAGAGCUGGACUGCUGGGACGGGGACGACGGCUACCCCAUGAUCUACCACGGCCAUACCUUCACCACGAAGAUACCGUUCAGCGCUGUGGUCGAGACCAUCGACAGAAACGCCUUUGUGACUUCCCCAUAUCCCGUGAUUCUGUCGAUUGAAAACCACUGCUCUCUGCAACAGCAAACAAGAAUGGCCCACAUAUUUCAAAGGAUAUUUGGCGAGAAACUAGUGACAAGCUUCCUGUUCGAGGCCGACUAUAGUGAUGAACCGACGUUGCCUUCACCGGAACAAUUAAGGAAUAGGAUUUUAAUAAAAAAUAAGAAAUUGAUAAUGGAAGUGCCUGCCCCGUUAAGUUUUGCCAUUAUGACCACGCCGGUCCGGCCCGGAGGCGGCGUGAGACAUUCCGUCCCCGGAAGGACCAGCUCUAUCAUCAGCAACACCAGCAGCAGCUCGUUCAACGAUGACUUCAGCGAUGAUGACUACGACGACGACGACGAUGAGGACAAUAUUGACGAGAAAGCGAUUCACGGCAUCGCUAUAAACGACUCGCCCAGGCCGUACGGUGUGCCGCACGCCGUGUCGAAGACCAGCUCGCAGAAACGGCCCGCACCCGACGACAAGCUGAAGAAGAAGAGCAGUCAGAUUUCGAAGGAAUUGUCGGAUAUGGUGGUGUACGUUCAGGCGAUAAAGUUCCGUGGGUUAAACACGAUCUCGCCUAGCAGCUCGGUGAAGCAACGCCAAAAAGCGAUCACUUGUUCAGUAAGCUCGAGUGCGACGUCUGGCAUCAGCUCUUCCUCGAAUAUUAGUUCGGGAACCACCAGCGAACCAGAGCCCACUAUAUUCGAAUCUGAGGUGCAGAAAAGACCAAACGUGUCGCUGCCUUGCUACCAAUGUUCUUCCAUAAACGAAAACACGGCAAAGAAGUUAUGCAGAAAACAGCCCUUGGCGUUGGUGGCACACACACAGACUCAACUGAUGCGCACUUACCCGGCAGGCAUGAGGAUAGACUCGUCCAACUUCAAUCCGGUCAUAUUUUGGUCCUUCGGGAUCCAAAUGUCUGCACUGAACUACCAAACGGAGGACACCCCCAUGCAGCUGAACAACGCUCUUUUUGAAACAAACGGCAAGUGCGGGUUCGUUAGUAAACCGAACGUUAUGUGGGACAGAUCACACGUCAUGUACCGGCGGUUUAACCCUUGGGACAAGGAAUUCGACGGCAUACAUUCGUCCCAAAUUGUGAUCAACAUAGUCUCUGGGCAAUACGUAGGCCAAGGCAACGUCAACUUAAGCACGUACGUUGAAGUCGAGAUCAUCGGAAUCCAAGUGGACUGCAACAAGCAAAAAACUAAAAUCAUACACAAGAACUCUCUGAACCCGAUAUGGAAUGACACCUUCCAUUUCCGGGUAAUGUUCCAGGAUUUAAGUUUUCUACGAUUUACCGUCAUCGACGCAACCAGCAGUCACCUGUUAGCACAGAGGAUCAUACCGUUGAAAUGCCUCAGGCCGGGUUAUAGACAUUUGAGGUUGCGGUCAACGCAAAACAAGCCGUUGAAUAUGUCCACGCUUUUCCUUUACUCUCGAGUCGAGGAAGAAAGUUUGGAGAACACAGAAACCAGUGACGGAAUCGUUGAAAGACCGCCACCCGCUGAAACUGAAGUUCCCGACUCCGCGGGCACGGACAGCACGUUUUUGGGUAUUUCCGGCACACCUCUUUGCGUGAAACGUCGCAUGUUCUUCCUAAUGGUGUACGGAGUAGUCUCCGAGGAACCUUACACUAUUCUAAAGAUUACCCAAGAGAGUUCAACUCAGGACGUUCUUUUGUUGUGCCUCCAGAAGGCAAGCAUAACUCCCACCAAAGUGAACGAUUAUAUUUUGGUCGAGGAAGUGGCUAGGGGAUGGGAAAAGAAAGACCACAGUUUACCCGCCACGCAACGUAUCUUGGAUCUGCACGAAAGGCCUUUGCAGGCCCAAUCUCAGUGGAAGGGUGAAGGCCGCUUCAUUCUGAAAAGGAUGGGCGAUGACCCGAGCAGCAGAGCCUGGCUAUCAUCGAUCAGAAGCGUCGCCAACAGAGAAAGAGAAGUACGCAAGUCCGACGGCGCCCCCAGCAACGCCUGGGAAGAAAACGACACGUUUCUGGUGUGCAUCUACAACGUUUCUCCGGAAAUACCCUACGCCAUCCUCAAGGUGCCCCUGAACGCCUGCGCGCAAGACGUACUGGCGCAAGCUCUAGUCAAAGCCAGACGGCUCGAGGAUCCCAUGAACUUCGUCAUAGUAGAGGAAUUGGAAUGGGGCGGAACUAGUCACAAUAUCCAACAGCGAGCGUUGGCGGAUUACGAGAACGUUUACAGCGCUCAGUCUCACUGGCAAACCAUCGGCCGGUUCAUUAUGCAGGAGAGAGCAAAUGCCACGCCGACGUCCCUGAGGAAAAACAGAAUAACGUCGACCUUACGCUUGGCUACGCUGGACAGGAUAAGUCGUGGCUUGAACGUGGCGCGUAACGUAGCCACGAACAGCAUCAAAAUGCCCGUGCAGGUAGCGCUCAGCGACCCUACGGCCUCCUCCAAAUGGAAGAGCAAAACCGGGGAGGACUCUAAGAACAAAUCGGUGUCUCGAGGCAAGGGCAACUCGGAAAAAGACACGGCGGCGACUACUUCGCUGGGUAAAAAGUCGGAGGUGACGCGAGAAGUCCACUCGGAAGGCGAAACCUUGAGCGACGAAGAAACCAAAGAGUCCGAUAUCAUGUCGACGGUGUCCCGGCUGAAGAAAGUAUCACUAAGGAAAUUCAAGGAGUGGAAGUCGUGACUUCUGGAAUAAAACUGACUUAGUGGAAUUCAAAAUCUUUUUGUUAGGUACCGUGGUUUUUAUAGAUACGUGACUGUAUGGCCUCGAGGGGCAGGCGUGUUCACCGAAGGGAUUUAAAAAUCGUGUGCAAUAUAAAUUUCUCUGAUACAUUAAAUUGCGUCGCAUAACCAGGAAGGGAUGUUUUAGGCUAGACGUAGCAAUAUAGAGUUAAAGUUUCAUAUUCUACAUAAUCUAUUUUGCUACUAUUGUUCUUAGUAACCGUUUAGUUUUCUUGAGAUCCGGCACGAGUCACUUUGAAAUUCAUUUCGGUGUUUCUUUGUAAGAUGUCAUAGCGUAUUAUUUUGAUCGAACCACUAAAAUCGUUUGGCAAAAGAUUUAUAUACAGGGUGGCCAAAUGAAAACGAAACAGGAACUGCGUCAAGAUUGUAGAAAAA